UUCACUUCUCCAUCGAAAAGGAAAGGAGAUAAUGCGACGGCCAGAAGAAGAAGAGGAGGAAGAGAGAAGCUCGCCGGGGUGGCGGCGCAUCCCCAUCAACGACAACGCCGACCUGCUGGCCGAGAUACUCGGCCGCCUCGACGGGCGCUCGCUGGCCGUGGCGGGGUGCGUCUGCCGCCUCUGGAACGCACUCGCCCGCCGGGAGGCAGUGUGGGAGGUCGUCUGCUACCGGCACGUGGCCUCCGCCGGGGCCUCCGCCGGCGGCGGCGGGACCCGCUCCGUGGUGGCCGCCCUCGGUGGGUACCGCCGGCUGUACCGGCUCUGCAUCGGACCGGCGCUGGACCGGCUCGCCGGAGUCCGGCGACGGCAGGGGCCGGCGGCAGCGGCCCGCCACGUGUCCCUCUCCCUGGCGCUCUCUCUCUUCUCCAUCGACUGCUACGAGCGGCUGGGCGGCGGGGGCGGGAGGCAGCAGCAGCCGCCGCCGCCGCCCCCGACGUCGCUGCUCUUCCUGGGCAAGCCCGUCGACGUGUCUUGAUCCCCGCCGCCGUUCAACCCCGGAGAAUUCUCCUCCGUUGGAUUGGAGGAACGAGAGGAUUUCGCUUCCUCAUUCUCCUCCAUAUUUAAUUAUUGCAGGGAAAAAAAAGAAAAUAAUUUGCUAAAUUGCCUACUAAAUUCUUGCCUCGAUGUCUCAUCACUAUGAGAUUUUUUUUUGCUUAUUUUAUAGAAAAAAAAAUCAAAAAUUUCUUCA